AUGUCCAAUAAUCAACUGCACGACAAAGUCGUGCGAUAUGCAAACGGUCAGCAUCAAUCGACGCCGCUGCCUGUAUGUAAAAAUGUUAGAAGCUCUAAAGUCAGCUUAAUUCCAACCUCGAAAGCAUCACAAAUUUCUUCAAAAAUAAUGGAUCGAGAUAUAAAAAAAAUAGAAUCAGUGAUUUAUCAGAAAGAACAACCAAUAGUUCCAUUAAAUUUAAAUAUUUCAAAAGAAGUAACUAUAACCAGUAUAACAAAUGUCAAUGAUACAGAAAAUAAUAUGAUAUUAAAUAAGUUAAAAAAAUUACCGGGUAUUACAAUCGAUUUAGUUAAGACUGAACCAGUUUUUAAAGUUCCUGAAUCUCCAAGACUUAAAAAUAAUAAAAAAAAUAUCACAUCACAUAAUAAAUUAAAAGUUUUAUUUGAGAAAAAAGGAUUAUCAGAAAGAAGAAAUGAUAAUAUGAAAGCUAUGGAUAAUUGUUUAACUCGUAAUAUUAUAAAUAUCUCAAACACAAAUUUAAGUCCAAGCAAAACUGUAAAACAAAAGCAAAUAUUUAAUAAUAAGUCAUUGGCAACAACGAGUUCAGAUCAAGGAAUUUUAAAGAAUCCAGAAGCUUCUUUGAAAAAAUAUCCAGUCUUGGAAAAGGAAAAUGUACAAAGAACUAGUUCUCCCAAAAAGCUUCAGAAAAAAGUACAAAGUGUUUCUAAGAUAAAAUCAAAAAGCUUAAAAACUAUAAAACUAGUAGAAGAAUCAAAUAUUUGUAAUACUUUCUCUAAAGAAGUGAAAAAAGUUUCAGAUAAGGAUUCAAUUAUUAAUAACACGGAUCUCAAUACUAACGAAUUGGCUAAUGAAAGUUAUAGGCUUAUGGAUUUAUCAACUGAUGGUCAAUUCAACAUUGUUCCAGCAUCUUUUCCUUCAAAUUUUAUUAAUGUUCAUGUUCCUGAGUAUAAUAGUUUUUUAAUGGGAAUUGGUAAAUCUCCUGAAGACUGUAGUAUGCAUUUGGAAACUUCUCAAAACGAUACUGAAAACGGAUCAUUUAUAAUUAAAGAAGAGUUGGAUCAUUUUUCAGAUUUUAUAGGUUGUGUCAACACUUCACUAAAUAUAAAUAAAUCCAAUGAUAUUCAUUCUGAGUUAGCAUCUCAAUCUUUUAUCAAUGGGAUUUCCUCUCUAGAUAAUAUUAAAGAUGAACAAUUAUGUAUAAACAAUAAAAGUAAAGAAAACAUAAAUGGCAAAUUUGAAGAUGAACAAAAACAUACCUCCAACUUUUAUUUGUAUAAUCAUACUUCAAAACAACUAUCUCUUCCACAUAAAGACAUGAAUUUAACGAUGGACACGUACAUUAAACAAGAAGACAAACAACUGUUACAAAAUGAUAACUCAUUAGAAAAUAUUCACAAAAAUGGAAGCAAUUUAAUGGAAUUCAACACAUCUAUACCACAAAUACUACCAUUUAAUACUCAUAAAAAUUCUUCCUAUUUAGAGUCUGAUGAAAAUGAAAAUGGUAUUAAAAGAAAGCAAACUCAAAAUGAGUUGCAUGAAAAACUAAAAAAACAGAAGUUGUGUUAA